AUGGACUCGCCUCUCAAGGAUGUUUCCGCGAAUCUGCGUGAGAUGAAGCUCGGCACGUCGCCAAGCAAGAGUAGUGGGCUCAAAGCUAACUCGGCUCGUCUGGGUCUCUCUCGAAAGGAUCGCCUCGACUCGGUGCCUUCGGCCUCGGCCGAUCUCAAGGUUGGCAUCACCAGGGAUUGGCAGGGGCCCGAUAAGGCACUGAAGCCCAAAGUGGCGGCUAGUAUCUCCCGCGGUGACCGAUACAUUCCGAACCGAGAACUCAAGCGAUCGACAACACCACACAGCCAUCUCGACGGCGAUGGGGACACGAUCCGCUCGCAACUGUCGGGCGACGCCACCGACCCUAACAUUGCCGCCAACAUCGCAGCAGCCAACGCAAACCCGACCGACUUGGACGGAGCUCCGUCUUUCGAGGACUCGGUGUCUGGGGAGAUGGGGCAGAGGAUCCUGUCGUUCUCAGCUGCACCGCCGAGCUCGUUGGCCAACCCCGACGUCAGGAGUCGAUACGCGAUGACCAAGCCUAAGUCCACCAUGCCGAGCAGUCUGCAGAGUGCAGGACGUCGAAGGAUCCCAACGACUCCAGAGAGGACACUGGAUGCGCCGAGCAUGGUGGGCGACUUCUAUUACAAUCUCCUCGACUGGUCAUCGACCAACAUGGUGGCAGUGGCGCUGCAGACUGGGUUGUGGAUCUGGAACGGCAACACGGGCGAUGCGAGUGCACUGCUCGACACAUCAACGCAGGCGGAGAAAGUGGGAGGUGGUGGCCUCAUCACGGGUCUGCGAUGGGACGCGGAUGGUAACAUUCUCGCCGUGGGUCUCGAAGGCGGAUUCGUGCAGAUCUGGGAUAUCGAGAGCAGCACACGCAUGCGAACGCUCAAGCCGACCGGUGAUGGUGGUGCGGACCACGCCUCGGUUAACGUCGCGGCAUGGGCGCCCGACGGAACGUUAAACGCAGGUUUCCAGAGCGGCAUCAUUCGCGAAUACGAUGUGCGAGAAAGGGACGCAGUGACGAGGACGCUGGAAAAGGCGCACCACGGACCAGUAUGCGGUAUGGAAUGGCGAUCGGACAGUGCGCUGAUGGCUUCAGGAGGCAACGACAACGUGGUCAAAGUUUGGGACCGUCGCACAUCGGUCGCCAAGAUGCGCAAGGAGAACCAUCAAGCUGCAGUCAAGGCACUCGCGUGGUGUCCGCACAAUCUGAGCCUGCUCGCCACGGGCGGAGGCACGAGCGACCGCAACAUCCACUUCUGGAACACGACGCAGAACUCACGCACUAUGACCAUCUCGACGGGCGCGCAGAUCACCUCUUUGCACUGGGCACCCCACUACCGCGAGAUCGUCUCGACGCACGGCCUCGGUACCACCGAGUCGAGCAAGGGUCUGCUCAACAUCUGGUCGCAUCCUUCGGGUACAAAAGUGGCCGAGAUCGAGGCGCACGAGAAGCGCGUAUUGCACUCGAGCCUCAGCCCGGACGGCGAGGUGCUAGCGACCGUGAGCGACGACGAAGAGCUCAAGCUGUGGCGUAUCUUUGAAAAGCCGGCAGAGUCGUCCAAGGGCGGCGCCAAGGCUGUCGGUGGAUUUGGUUCGCACAGUGGCGGUGGCGGUCUCAACGUUCGCACUCUACGUUGA